UCCUGUGCACACACUCACGCGGUGGUGGCGUCAGAACUAACGUCAUUUUUGCCAGUACUGCAUAGACUCGUAACACCAGGAAUGCUCAGUUCCUCACGACAGUUCCUUAAACUCAGUAAAGUGUCUAUCCACUGCGCACCGGCUCAAGAAGCAGUAUUUUGCUCAAGGUACAUAUGCCAGUCAGUUCUUCCGUGGCAGCAUCUACCGGAGCACAGCGGAGGGCGCCAGCAUGUCCAGCGCACACCUGACUGCGGUUACAAGUUCAACUCCUUCUCUCGAAGCAGCUUUGCCAGUCAGAGAAGAUGACACAGAUUCAGCGGGAAGCCUCUCCAAAGCUGGACCCUGCAAGACCUUUCUACGGCACAACAUCUUAACUCUUGCUACGCUAGCCGCAGUUGCAGCUGGGAUCACCUUAGGCGUCGUUCUACGAUCAGCAUCACCAUGGUCUAGGAGGCACAUGAUGUACAUGAACUUUCCGGGGGAGAUAUUCUUGAGAAUGCUUCGGGGUCUGAUCUUGCCCCUGAUAACGUCGAGCAUGGUAGCAGCAGUGGGAUCGCUAGACGCUCGCCUGUCCGGCAAGAUCGGCCUUCGAGCUGUCGUCUACUACUUCAGCACCACUUUUAUGGCCAUCAUACUGGGCAUUGUUCUUGUCGUCGGCAUCCAACCAGGUUCUGGAGACACCAAGCAAAGUAGCAAAGAAUCCAACGCGCGCCUCGUUACCACUGCAGACACGCUCAUGGACCUUAUCAGAAACGCCUUCCCCCCUAACGUCAUUGAAGCAUGUGUUUCCCAGUUCUCUACGAUAGUCAUCAAGCCGGAGAACUCUACUAACACAUCGAUGUACGAAUGGGAUUUCAAGACGGUGCAAGAUUCUGGAACCAACAUCCUGGGUCUGAUUGUGUUCAGCAUCGCCCUGGGAGCGGCAUUGGGGAAGAUGGGCCAAACCGGAAGACCGUUGCUAGAUUUCUUCACCGCUCUUUCAGACGCUAUGAUGAUGAUCACCAAGGUCGUCGUCUGGUUUUCUCCCGUAGGUGUCAUGUUUUUAGUCUUGGCAAAAAUGCUUGAGAUGGAUGACUUCAGCGUAGUGGCUGGUCAAGUGGGCAUGUAUACCAUCACUGUGCUUACUGGUCUCCUGUUGCACGGCUUUGUCGUCCUUCCUGUCAUCUACACAGUCAUUAUGCGCCGACAUCCCUUCGGCUUUCUUCUAGACAUGCUGCAGGCUAUCACUACGGCUUUUGGAACGGCUUCUAGUUCAGCAACGCUUCCAGUCACCAUUUCGGCACUCGAAGAUAAAGUGAAGCUGGAUCCGAGGGUGGUCCGUUUCUGCAUCCCCAUUGGCGCUACCAUCAACAUGGACGGUACGGCCCUCUACGAAGCAGUAGCCGCCAUCUUUAUUGCGCAGGUUCGCGACGUGCCCAUGGACAUCGGAAAGGUCAUUGCCAUCAGUGUCACAGCUACAGCAGCUAGUAUUGGCGCUGCUGGAAUUCCGCAAGCUGGUCUCGUCACUAUGGUAAUGGUUCUUAACGCGGUUGGCUUACCAGCUGAUGAUAUCACGCUCAUUAUCGUCGUAGACUGGUUCUUAGACCGUUUCAGAACAGCAAUCAACGUCCUGGGCGACGCCAUAGGAGCUUGUGUCGUAGAGAAACUAAGUUCUAACGACUUGAAAUCAAGCAUGGAAGCGUCAUCACCUGAAAACAAGCAUGACAUGCACCAGAGAGCAGGGACUCCAAAGACAAAGUUAUAACUUCCAAACACAUGCUGUAUUCGCAAGGAGCCAGCAUUGUUGAUCCCACGAACGCAACUGAUCAAUGUUUUUUUUUAUUAGGAUAUCGUGCGCUACGAUACGGCAAUUAUUGGACAGUUUUAGCAAACCGUUGGUAAGGUUAUCGUGUUUAACAGAACCAAUCGCAGUUGUGUGUGACUCAGAAUCUUAUCCACCGAUUGGUUCCGGUUGAUACGGUUCGACGCAAGCCACGUUAUCAACGGUUUGCUAAAACUCUCUAUUGCUCCGCUUAUCGUUAUCGCAAUUCUUUAUGCAAACGAACAAACCACGGCACAAUGCAGCAAAAACGCACCCCAGGAAGGCUCCUCGUGAUCACUGGUGUAGCCAGAGGGGGGUUUCGGGGCUUCCACCCCUCCCCCAAAUCGUACCCUUGGUAGUGUAUUUGAGGGAAGGGUAACGCGAAAGAAGACGGUUGAGAGCAUCUAAAUUCGAGACGAGACUUUCGACCAGAAGGCUGCAGGUCUAACAUCAAGUUACAAACAUCCAGAAUAUAUAAGGCAUUACCUAUAUGUAAUAAUGUCUGUAUCAGAAUGUCUACACUAAUAUAUUCCAGAUGUUUUUGUAACCUGAUGUUACAUAUUCUGGAUGUUUGUAACUUUAUGUUAGACCUGAAGCAGUGCAGCCGUCUGCACGAAAGUCUCGUCUCAUUAAAAUUUAGAUGCUCUCAACCGUCUGCUUUCUAUUGUGAAUCUCCCUCGUCGGAUACUUGCACAUUGCUCUUCUACGUACUUACGAUGGGAAACGAGAGUGAACUCCUCUUCCCCAUAGGUUUCCGUAGAACCCCUCACAAAUGUUUUUCUGGCUACUCUACUGCGCGUGAUGUACGUAAGGUGUUCGAGAAGCAAUCAUUUCUAGAUAGAAAUCCCCAUCGCCAGACAGUUCUGUCCCUCUCAUUGUAUAUAGAGAUUUAUUUAUUCUCGUCACCAGUCUUUCUCCUGGUUACCACGAUUCGAAUAUUCACGCAAACUUUUUAAUGAACGCAACUUGUAACCAUCGCCCAGUAAAUCAGUCACAAAGUCAUACUCUAUGAGACUGCCGUUGGAACAAAGCUUCACAGCGUUUCAGAACCAUUCCUGCUUAUCGUGAACCUACCUUCAGCAUGUGCCAGGAGUCUAUGGUCUUGCUGUCGCCAUAUGUGUCCCCAUUUAGUUGUCGUUCCACCCUCAUACUUAGUCACGAGCACUAAACCCCGCAAGUUUUCGCAACAUGAAAAAAUAAAAGACAUCAUCACCCUAAACAGCACUUGGAUAAGAAUAGUUACAGUAAUUUUACCUCUAAACUUUGCCGCAGAAACCAUAUGUUGCAGCAACAGAAAGUGAGAAUGGGUGUCCUUACAUUUUUUUUUUCCCUUCCAUUACUCUCAUUUGACUCCUUACUGCUCACGCUGUGAAAAUUACCAAUUUUAGGAGCAGGAAAGCAGACUAUGGUAUCAGGCAGCAACAUGAAACAAGGGGGUAACAAAUGAGUUUUUUUUUUUUUUUUUGCGCUCAUUUUGACAUUCUGUAAUUGCGGUUUUCGCCACUCCGUUGAAAAUAGCUUGUGACCGACUACAAGGGUGACGCUUACCAAAGUGCAAUUUUUUUUUAAAUACUCCAAACAAUAUUCGUACAUCCUUUAUGAUAGUGUGUUGCCCUUAAUUCUUGUGCAAUCGGUUACAUCGGUUCGUAUGCAGUACAGUUUUCAUGAAUAUCGGGAAACCCUUUAAAAUGACGGUAUCGCGUCCCCGUCGGGGUUUCGCACUUUAAAACCUGUUUUAUCAGAUUCAGCAUGGUUGGAAAACAUACAAAGCAACUUUCUCUUUUACGCGUACUUGUUUCAGAUAUUUUUUCUGCUUUAAUAGUCUUUACCUGGUGCAAAAAUAUAUAGGUACGCACAACGGAAAUGUGCCUCAAGCGUUACAACCCAAAUAGGGUGCAUAAAAGCCUGGCUAAGUCAAGUGCAUCUUCCUGCACAAGAAUGCUCUCUAGACGCCGUCUCGGCGAGAAGGAGCAACCGCAAGACCUUGCUUUUUGUGAAGCCAGGCUGGGUCUACUCCGCAUCUCCGCCCGAUUCGAUCAUUCUGUAAACUGCAUCAACCGCGUCUCCAAAACCCGUUACAAUGGACAGUUCAGUCCCGGAAGAUUAAAAAAAGCUGACUACUCAUAGUGAGGCCCGGAUAGGAGGGCUCCAUCUCCAACAGCACCUUCUCACCAAACCAGGUCAACGCGCCAACUGCCCUCCCAGUUCCAUUCAUAGGAAGAAAAACAUCGUCCGCAAAGCAGUGAAGGUCGGUUCCGAGCACACGGAUCGCUCCAGUUUAGUUCGGCCGCUAGAAGAUGAGCACCAACAGAACAAACAUGCCGCAGGUAAUUUUCCCAAUUUUCAUGCUUCAUGUCACCUUCAGUGAUAGGAAGAAAUUCAACCUGGACGGUCCUGAUGGUGACCGUAACUAAUGGAGGGAUCUCCAUCAAGUAGACUCUCCAGCUCUCCAAGCGGAAUUUCAGUGGUGGUAGUGGUGAUCUGGGGCUCCUUCUGCUGCUUGGACGUACCCACUAUCGUCUACAUUGGUUGUCGGAUGGUCACAGCGUGCUACUAAGCUGUCCUCCAAGCCCAUCUUCCGCCGUUCCUUCGCUGCAGUAUACGUCACCCAGUCUUCCCGAGCAUGGUUGGCGGCUGACCAAGUUAACGUGCUGCCUUGGCCGGCCUGUAGUCCUGACCUUACCCAGUAGAAAGCCCCUGGGAAAUCGACCAGAAGAUCUACGCCAGCGGUCGCCAGUAUGAUACUUACAACGUGCUCAAGCACGGUUUAGCGUGCGCAUAGGAGCAGAGGCGGAGAGUUUUCAUUUUCCCGGGGGGGGGGGGGAUAUGUUUAUUAAGAAAAAAAAAGAAAGGAAAGUUAAGCCAGAUGGAUGUCGGCUUGUUAUUCAAAAUGAAAGUGAAAGGGGAAAGACAAAAAAGGCAAAGACAAGAAGAAAGCAAAAGAAAACAGAAAGAAGGAAAGAAAAGGAAAAGGAAAAUGAAGAACACAAAACUAAAGCUGAAAAAUCACACACUCUGGCGGGAUCCUAUGAUGUAUGCAGAACUGGUAUAAAAAUAAGAGGAAGGAAGAACAGAAAAAAGAAAAAACAGAGAGAACGUAAACAGUGAACAUGUGCACAACUGAAGGCAUUAGGCCUUUGAAAACUGACUGCAAAGGGAACAAAAUGCAUUGAAUCCUCGGUGUUUGACCCGAAAUGCGCGCAAUAUAAUGAAUAUGGUCAAUGAAAUGGAGCAGCGGGAGUUGAACCCGCUCCCAACGGAUAUGCGUUCCGAAGAUCCUACCGUUACACCUCACUGGCAGCUGGUGGUACCUUUUCGACUGCUUCGUUACAUUGAUCUGAUUGCUUUGGGCGAAAUUCAGGCUAUGUGUUAUGUCAUCGUCUAUGUUUCUUCGCCUCACCUUCUACUGUGAUAAUGAGUAUGGUGGGCGGAUACGUAUUUUACAAAUUGCAAGAUGCAUUUUUUGGGGGGUUCGUGCCUCUUCGCUCUUUUGACCCGGGCGCGCCGAGCCCCAAAGGUCAAUCUCUUAGCGGGACUUCCCGGGGGAGGCGGCGCCCCCCCCCCGUUCAUGUUCCGGGGGGGGGGGGGGCAAGGGCCCCCGCGCCCCCCCGCAGUCCCUAUGCAUAGGAGUAUAUCAAUAGUCCCACAAUCCGAAACCUCAUCGGCAGCGCUCCUCAGCGCCUCCUCGACGUUGUUACAUCACAUAGGGGCGGAACACAGUAUUAGAUUAUGUAAUGUUUCUUCUAGAACCCCAACUGUUCCAAUGUUUCUGCACCUGGUCAAAAUACCCAUGGGGUUCAAAAAAUUACGUAAAACGAAUCUGUUAAGCCCAACCUGCAUGGAUCGAAUUUUUUGCGACGAAGUUCGCGCAGCAGACUGCCGUUACGCCGCCAGUUGUUCGCUGGCACCAGCGUCAUGCUACGAAUCAGCGGACGGCGUCGGGGAGCCUUGCUCUGAUGUCACUGUUGCCAGAGCACAAAGCGAGAACUUCGUGAACUCAGCCGUUAGAAAAAAAUGCACUAAAUCCAAUAACUGUCUGAAAAAGUGAUACAUCAACAGCCGUUGAUGAAACUCUGCGAUUUAUUAUACAGAAAGGCGGUCGAUUUUAUGCGUCCGCUUAGUACAGCGCUUGCCAGCGGCCAACUUUUUCGUCGCCGCUCAUAACAUACAUAAUAAAAACGGUGUCGAGUAGUGUUGAAUAAAAAUUUGCGACUGUACGUCGUAACACACUAUGAACCAGGCUCCAUAUCAGGCGGCACACGAUAAAUACCAAUUUUAUGCCACACGCAGAAACAAAAAUACAUGUGCUCGCUUCAUGAGGGCUUCCCAUAUUUUUUGCGUCAUCGCGCCGCAAAGGAGGAGAGCCAGCGGCAGUACUGGUGCCUCGCGUCACCCCCUUCCGUGGCGUCACCCGAUGCGAACCACACACCCCUAGUGACGUCACUGCUUUGCAGAGAAUGCCUGGCGUUCUAGCGGUCCAGUAGGCUCGGCAGAGAGCAGACGACAAGGCAGCGAGACAUAUAGGUGGCACAACCUCGUAGCUGAACUGAGCUUUGAUUGGCCGGUUCGCAUUCAUCCGCAACGGACCCUUCCGGUAUUAUGGGACGCUGGGUGAAAAUAUCUGGCACGACCACCCGCGAACGCCCACAUUUUUGACGCCUUGCGCAGGGCGUCUGACGCUGGACGCAGUUCGCCGCUUUGUCGCAGGACAUUCGCUCCAUGGAGAUUGGUUGGAUGGAUGGGUGGAUGCCUUAUGUCAUUUUCAGCCAUGCCGGGUCUGAUAAAACACGUUUGGAACCCUAAGACCGCUACUAUGAAUUGAUACCUCCAUUUUGAUGGAGUGUCCCUAUAUUUAUGCACCGUAUUGUAUUGACCUUUGUCAUUCCAGCAAUGACUACAUACUACGCGAUUCCUGUCUGCAAAUGUUCUGUGAAAUAAAACUCAUUUUGUAAAUAUGAA